GAGCAGCUGACAGUGUCUGAGCGGAUGUCGUAGAGAGACGACGUGGUUCCUCUUGCUCGUGAAGGUGGGCGUCACGUGGUUUUGUUGACACACUUUGUACACGUCUGUCUUGGAUUUGUUUCGUGUGGUUUUAUCGGGUGUUUUACUUUCCUUCGAGAGAGAGAGAGGUCUCUGUGUGUUAGUUAUCCAAAGAUUAGAGAAUCCUUUCUGUUAACUGCAAGCAAGAUGUUGUCCAUAUACGGCGUAGUAAUCACAGCGUUGGCUCUGUCUACCACGCGGGCGGCUCCAGACGCUGAUGCAACACCCAUCGCCGACGCCCGUACGACGUCACAAGAUUCGAGGGAUGUCCUGUAUUCCUACGGCUACGUUGUUGACGCCCCUGAAUACAGGAAUUUCUACGAACACGAAGAAGACCGCAGAGGAGACGUCACCCAGGGGCGCUUUCGAGUGGCUCUGCCCGACAACCGCCUCCAGACGGUGACUUACAGAGCCGGACGCAAUGGGUACUCUGCGCAGAUUUCCUACGACGAACAUCCGGACUUCCAGUCCCUUCGGGCUUCCGUAGGUCCCAUCAGGGAAGCCCCUCAGAUAGGCCAAUCUGUCGUGUCCAUCCCGAGAAGAGGCGAGAACUGGAAGAAUCGCGACAGCCAUUCUCACCGGGAAAUCUCGAACACAGUGGACUCCCCGACUUCUCGUCGAAAGCAGCCAUCGGCCUUCUCUCGGCCUAGUCCUGCAGUCCCCCUUCCAAGCCCUACACCCGUUCAAUCGGCACCUGCACCCUUCAAACCACGAACGUCAACGACGAACCGACCCCAGCGAAAUGGGCAGUCAACCCAUAGAUUUCAGGGCACGACGACGACGUCCCCGCGCUUGGGACCAAUCGCUCAGCGGUUGGUCUCAACUCCCCUCAACCAGCGAGUGACUUCACCAGAGCCGUUAGCCCCACAAGUCCUCUCUUCCGCCCACAUGCCCGAGGACGCUUCGAUUUUUGUCUCGACGGAGGGGCUGGAGGAUCCCGAGAUCCUGAACCGUCUGAUAGAAGCCAUCAGACAGAAACAAGAGGAGGACCGGCUAAGUAAUCCAGAGAGCAACCAUGAUGACGACGAUGACAGUCACGAACACUCCCACAAGAAAGAGAAGCAUCGAUAUACCAUCGGUGAUAAGGCAGGCGUUCGGGCUAGGCUGAGGGCGAUUGUCCAUAGGGUGCCCAUCGGUAAACUUUAGGUUUCUGAUUGAUCAUUUACACAGAAAUCCGUUUCCAGAAUAGGCUGUCAUAUGUAUUUCCAAGUUUUUCCGGUAAUCAUUUUUUUAGAUGAACAAAUGCGUAAAGGUAGGUUUGUAGCUCACAUUUUUCAAAAUGCUGGAAGCAGCAUUAGGUUUAUAACCUUUUAUAUGAGCAAGAGUGUCACUACUUGCUCCGCAAUUUACCAUGGCAUUUAGUGUAGAAAAUCACAAAGAAGAAAUCUGACAUUCCUAAAAUCAUGACACCUAACUGGAAACGUCGAAUCUAGAAUACCUACAUUUCAAAUUCACAUACUGGGGAACCAAUGCCAAAUUCUAAUAAAAUGUUUAUGUUUAACUUUUAUCAUUCCAUUGGAAUGUUCAAGAUUCAUUUGCGGUGGCGCUUUUGUUUUUCCAUCUCUCGUUUUCUUUAAUUAUUGUAUAAUAUAUGUUUUAUUUUUCUUUCUGUCACUCAAAAGUCUUUUUUUAUUUGAUCUAAGUUUUUGACGAAUUCUUCGUAUGGUGUUUAAUUUUCUUAAACGAAUACUUCAUACUUUCUUACUUUUUCAUUUUUUAAAGCAAACUUAUCUUAAUUUUUUCAAAAGCAAUUUCGUGCAGUUUUUAAUUUCUUAAUUUCACCGUGAACCAUAACCUUAGUCAUUAUUACGACGUUAUGUAUCAAGGUUAAGAAAGUCUGCGCGUGGAAAUGUUCUGAUAUUAUCAAGAAAUAUAAAUCUCAAAUCGAGGUACUAUUCCCCCCACCCCGGUCGUGCUUGCUUUUGGAGCAUGUUCCUCGUUUUUCGUGCGGUCCCGAGAUCCCACGGACUAGUCGACGAUCUCGUUCGAUUUCGUCCGUCGGAUCCGUCCGUAAAUUUCAAGGGAAAAAAAAUUUAAUUAAAAAGGAUUUUUUACAUUAUAUAAUGAAAUAAUGAAAUUAGUUUUUAUAUUUUUAUAUGGAUAAAUUAGACUCAUGAAAUGAUGCCAUCGACAGAAUUGCAUCUUGACAAUAUUUAGAUUUAUUUUUGCUAUAAAAUAAUACUUUACUGUAUAAAAAAAGGAUGAGAUAAAUCAGACUGAGGAACAGAUCUGAUUUAUUUGAGUGACGCUAUCAUCAACCCAUCGAAGGAUUUUUGAAUGCGUUAGAUUUUUGUAUGCGUUUAGAACAAGAGUCCUUUUACUUUGAGAGAAAUGAGGGAUGAAAUUAAUGACCGAUAGAAUCCCUUAAGGCGAAUGCCGAGAAACAUAACAUUAGAUCGCACAAAAGAAAUAUACUUAAUUUAAAUGAUUAAUUUAGUGUCCACUUUACCAGUGAAGGAACAAUUGUAAUAAUUAUAUAGAUAUUUCAUUAACUUUUUCAUCUGAUUCACUUUUUAACCGAAUAUGGAAUAAAUGAAGAAGUUAUAAUUAGAAAUUAGCGAUAAAGUAAAGAAGGAAAAACAGUGAUUUUUCAGAGUGCCAAAAGUACUUAAUGCCUCGUAUAAACAUAACUCAGUUUUAUUGCGGAGGCCAGUGGAACUGGCAACCAAGUGCCCGAAGAUAACAAAAACUUCCUGAAGGAAAGAAGGUUUUGUGUGGGGAAACCGGCGGCAGGAGACGAGUUCCAAAGCUUAGCAGUAGAAGGAAAUGAACAGUCAGUCGCUGGUCGCGUAAUCAGGAGAUUGGCCACAAGAAUGAUAUGGGUUGGUUGGUCAGCCCUGAUGUCCACAUCAGGCUUCUUGUUCCAUUUCAACACCUCAGCCAUUUAUGGGCCGUCUUUGGGCAUGUAUCCUUGCUGGCAUAAGACCCUCGUAACCUAAACCAACCAAAAGAACGUGUCGUAAACAACAGAUCUUUAACAAACUAGUAAACGAACGUCAAUGAACGUUAUCCCAAACCUGCCGUUGCUAAGUAAAUUGAGAACGAAUAGAAGAAGAAGAAGAAGAAGAAGAAGAAGAAGAAUUAUGCCGAAAGUGGGCCAAGACGUCCAUUCACAAACCGGUCGAACCUCCUCUUGAACCUUCUCAGCCUUGGAGGUCGAGCCUCCCGCCUCCGGUUCUCGAAUAUCGACCUGAAAUACCAGUGGAAAUGGGAACGAUUGACCUUGGAAUGGACAUUUAAUGAGUUGUCAGAAACUAAGAAUUUAAAUGAGAAUUCCUUAAGGGAGAACAAACGGCUGAAAAGGUAGAAGGAUUUUCUCUUAGUAAUCGAAAAUAAGGCCAUGACAAACUUAUAAGUGUGUGAAGUUGAUAUUGUUCUGUUUUUACUAAGUCUUGAAUGUAUGUUGUUUAAAUAUGAUAAAAUUGUUUUAACCAAUACUCUAACGCAUACGCAUAGAAACGUACGAAUACAGGCACAAACGCAGACACAAAUAAUAACCUCGAAAAUAGAAGAAAAUUUGACGGUGGAAACAAGAACUUGAAGACAGUCGUUUCAGCAUGAAAUUCUGAUGUUAUUUUAUUCUUAUAGCAGGGAAGAAAGAGCCUUGCAAUAAGAUUAUGCAAUUACAUCUGUUGGUCCACAUACUGUGCCGUAGAAAAAAUAUGUUUAUAUGGCAAGGAAAUUCCUGUAGAUAUAAUCAAGUUAUCGGUUAAUAAACGAAUACAAGGAACAUACACAUAUGAAAGCACUUAGGAGCAUACGGUAAUGCAUUUACAUACACGCGAAAAAGGUUUGACUUAGUGCCACAUAUAUUUUGCAUGAUGCCUACUCUUGAUUUUGACGUUAUCCAGAUAAGAAUUCAGGCUGAAAAUGCACAAGACAAAAGAGGAAAGAAUACUUAGUAAUAUUCCAUCUGGAAGUACAGAAACGAAACAAGAACGACUUGUUCUUGUUUUAUUUCUUUAUAAAAUUUAUUCCAGGCAUUUCCUCAUAUAUUUCCAGCACAAGAUUAAUGGUGGUUUUUCAAUUAGGUGAGAUUCAGAAAUCUAGGAAAUACACAAUUUUGCAAGAUGACGAAUAAUGGAUUUUAUGAAAUGCUAAAAUCUGUCAAAUAUAGGAUUCUACGAAAUUUUGAAUUCUGCGGAAUACAGGAUUCUUUGAAAUAAUGAAUUCUGUGAGAGAAAGAAUUUUGUAAGAUGCUGAAACAUAUGAAAUACAGAAUCCUGCGACGAGUCGAAUUUCAUGAUAUACACAUUUUCGUGAAUUGUUGACCUCUAUGAAAUACAGAAUUCUGUGAAAAGAUGAAUUCUAUGAAAAAGAGGAAUCCUGAAAUGCUGAAAUGACGAAAUAUCUCAUCCUAUAAAUACAAUCUGAUUUCAUCACUCGUCUAAACGUGUGAAUGGAAGAAACCGAAGUUUUCAGUAACUUUUAUUCAAUCUUUUAUAACAAAUGUAGAACAGUCUUAAAAAGUUGUUGUCGAAUGAAUUCUCAUUCUUGUCCUCAGUAAUAAAUUAUUUCGACUGUUUCUCACUCUAGAAAAUUCAUCUGCUAUACCAUAAUAGCAUUUUGAGGAAUAUCUGAAACCGAGUUUCUCUACGUGUUCCAGCAUUUUCCAUCUAGUUAAUCUUCGACGGACACUUUUUCCUGUAUUCUGUUUUUUGUUUACUCUAAACUCCAUAUUCUUGGGUGGACCAUUCUUCAUUUUUUCAAAACUACAGAUUGUACUUUUUGCUCUUUUUGUAAUUUCUGUAUCAGUGUCUUUUAAGUAACUAUUCUUCCUUUUAACAUCUCAAUUUCUUAUCAUUUUUGUAAAGAUUCUUUUGUAUAUAUAUAAAUGCAGUUGUUUCAGUUUUUUUAUAUUUCCAUGAUGCUUUCUUCUCCAUUUUAUAUAUUUUUGUUUUUUGUAUAUAUAUAUGCAGUGAAAAGAAACAAAUAAAGAUAUAUUUUGUACAGCAAUAA